AUGGCUCAUUUUUACACCUCCGCCAGGGCGUGGGGGGAGUGUGGGCGUGGCUGGAGAGGUCCAGCAUUCGUUACGCGUCCCGAAGUGCCUCUUGAUAAGGUAGUGGUGAGCCGCCUCCUUGACCCACUGUGGCACAUGCUGUUCGACAGGGAGAAGGAUAAACAUUGGGUUCCGCAAAUCGAUCGAUAUCAUAAUAAUCUGUUUCCAAUCUUGCAGCUCCCAUUCGAGAAGAAUUGUGGACAGGAUGGUGUGUGCAUUGCAAACUUGGACGUGAAAUUCAUCUCCACUGGGGCUGACAUUUUAACUGUGCAUGUCGGAGCACAGUUGAACCUCACCGUACAGCUGAAGAACUUGGCUGAGAAUUCCUACAGGACAGCCGUUGAAUUCAAUCAUCCACAUGGAAUUACUUUCCGUAAAGUGACCAUCAUAAAGUCCAACAGGAAAGUCCCUGUUGCCUGUACUGACAGUGUCACCCGAGAGGACAGGAGUUUGACAAAUUGCAACAUCUCCCAUCCAGUAUUCGCUCAACAUGCAGAGGUCACUUUCAUUCUUACACUCGAUGUCUCGAACUCUGAAACCUGGAGUCACUCAAUUCUGCUGAAUGUUACAUCCACCAGUGAGAACGAAGACGCCAGCACUUUACAGGAUAACAGGGCCUCUCUUGACAUCGCUGUCCGACACCGUGUCAAUCUGCUGGUGAGGAGCUUGGACUCCACAAGUUACCUCAAUUUCUCCCUGACAUCCCUGGAGUCGAAGGAGGUGGUUCAUCGAUACAAGGUCGAGAAUCUGUUCGGCCGACCGGUGCCCGUCAACGUAACCUUCAUCGCCGCCCAGCGAACCUGCUGCUCUCUCCUCUGGGACCUGUUGACCAUCAAGACAGAGCAGCCGAAGACCAAUCAGACUCGCUGUGCCGUUUUGGGAGAGGUCAGAGGUCACACCGCGGCCAAGGGCAACUGGACAGGGCACGACUGCCGGGCGGAGAGCUGCUGGGUGAUACACUGCACGGUCGACCAGCUGGCGCCGCAGGAGCCGCUGACCUUCGUCCUGUGGGGGUACCUGUCCCUCAGCAACAUGUCACAGGCAGAAUCACGGACCUAUGACCUGCAGAGUGGAGCAUGGAUAUCAUUCGAUCAGGAGAAAUAUCAGCAGGCCGGAGAUGAGAAGAAUAAUCUCCAAUUCCUCUACGCAAAUGUGACAACUCAUGUGGAUACCAUAAAGGAGGUGGAUUAUAUUCCGUACAUUUCGGGAGGGGCUGUAGGUGGACUGUUGCUACUGAUUCUAGCUGGGGUAAUACUCUGGAAGGCAGGGUUCUUUAAACGAAAAUUCAAAGACCAGAUGGCGGAGAACGUUGGCCUGGAGGCUACAGAAGACAAUUGCUCCGAGCCUUUAAACAAAGAUUCCCCAGCGACGUAGCCCUCUACCUGUGCCGCUGGAACGCCUCGUCUGUGGAUGUUUCAAUCGUGAGAUCACUGAUUCCGCUCUUGCCCCUGUCAGUAACUGCUCGGUUUCACGAAGAGGAUGCUGUUCAUUUUAUCAGGAGCUUUGCUUGCCGAGGUGAAUGUCGCCUCGUGACUGACGCUGGCUGUUUCCUGUUGUGUGAUGUUUAAAUAGACUCUGUAGACUGUUUGCUGCAGCGCGCUCUUUAAAUAGGCCCUGUGGACUGAUGGCUGUAGGGCUGUGCUGAAAUAGACACUGUAGACUGUUUGCUGCAGUCCGCUGUUUAAAUAGACUCGGUAGACUGUUU